AUGGAUAUGAUUCCUUCCCCAGAAGAAAUUAAGCAAGCUGUUUUUGAUUUGAGUGCGGAUAGUGCCCCAGGGCCGGAUGGUUUCUCUGGUUGUUUCUAUCGUCAUUAUUGGGAUAUUAUUCAUGAUGAUUUAACCAAGGCCAUUAUUCAUUGUUGGAAUGCGGGUAGUAUUCCAAAUGGUGUUAAUUCAUCUUUUAUCAUCUUGCUGGCUAAGGUAAGGGGUGCUAAUACUCUUCGAAAUUUCAGACCAAUUGGUCUUAGUAAUUUUUUCUUCAAAAUUUUCACUAAGAUCCUAGCUACUAGACUUGGUACAGUUUUGGAUAAGCUUGUGUCUGAAGAACAGGCAGCCUUCAUGAAAGGGAGGAAUAUUCAUGAGAAUAUUAGCUUGGCGUUGGAGAUGGUUAAUGAGUUGCAUUAUAAACGCAAGGAUGGCAACAUUGGCCUUAAACUUGAUAUUUCUCAAGCUUUUGACACGUCUGCUAGAAUUUCUGUGAUUUUGAAUGGUAGUCCGGAAGGUUACUUCAAAAUUAACAGAGGUUUGCGUCAAGGUGAUCCCCUCUCCCCUUUGAUUUUUGUCUUGAUUGAGGAUGUUCUUAGCAGAAAUAUUACGAAGCUUUUUCGUGAUAAAAAGAUGACGCCCAUGACUUGUUGGGUAGUUAUCAGCGUGAUUCAGGUCAGACUGUUUGUCGUCAAAAGAGUAUUGUUCGAUCGCCAUAUUAGCAAUGUUGUUGAAAAGAUUAAAAAUCAGCUUGCUGGUUGGAGAGGGAGGUUAUUAUCUUUUCAUGAUCGCAUUGUUCUUGUUAAAUCAGUUAUUGCCAGUUAUUACAUUCAUAAUAUGGCUAUUUAUAAGUGGCCUCGUAAGUUUAUUCUUCAAUGUGAGAGGGCUAUCUGUAACUUUAUUUGGUCUGGUGAUUCGAACAUUAAUCGUGUAGUGGUAGUGGCUUUUGAUAAAAUCUGUUGCCCUUUUGAGGAGGGGGGUCUCGGACUAACUCGUAUGGCCACUAUGAACAAAGCUCUUAUUAUGAAACUUUGGUGGAAGAUUCAUAAUUCUACAAAGAAGUGGGCUAUUUUCCUGAAGAAUACUAAGGUCUUAAUUGGUGAUGGUAGAGAUACUUCUCUUUAUUAUGACAUUUGGUUUGAUAAGACUAGUAUUGCUGAUGUGCUAAAUGAUUAUUCUCUCGAUGCAACAACUAGAGUAAGUGAUAUCUUAAAGGAUGGCCUUUGGGAUAUUCCUGAAAUUCACUUGCAGUACUUGAUUGCUGCUGGUCUAGAGUUGAAUAGGAUGCCAAUUCCUAUGGGUGGAGCUGAUGUUAGGGUAUGGCUGCCGGAGUUGAAGGGUGAGUUCAGUGUUAAGUCUGCAACUGAGUUGCUUCGGCAGAAGUAUUCUCGGUUAGAAGGUACGCAGCUUCUGUGGAGAAAAGAAGUUCAUCCUGUUCUUGCUGCUCAGAACUGGAAAUUCUUGCAUGGAGCUUGUGCUACGUAUGACCUUAUCAGGCGCAGGUCGGAGCUAUGGCAGUUGCGGAACAAGGCUGUUUUAGAGCAUAAAAAGCCUAAUUGGAGUAUCUUUCAUAAGCGCGUUCUGAAGUUGAUACAAGAUUAUUCAAUUCGUCUCAAGGGUCAUAUGAACAAUAGUGCUGAUGAUGUUGUUCUUCUGAACUAUUUUAGAGUUCAGCACCGUAGUGUGAAGUUGCAUCAUCCUGUGGCUUGUUUUUGGUUACCACCUGAGGCUAAUGAAUUACAAUUUUGUUGUGAUGGAGCGGCGAGAGGUAACCCAGGCGUUGCGGGUGCAGGUGUAGUAGCUAGGGAUGAGCAUUGUUCAGUACUUGGUGCUAUGAGUAUUGGGCUAGGAGUCACGACGAAUUAUUUAGCAUAA